UUUCCGUCGUCUUCUUCAUUCACCCUGAUUCUGCUGCUGCUGCUUCUUCACAGCCUCCAUAUCUAUCCCUUAUAUCUCAUUUCUCUGAUUUCCUCUCUCUAAUUCGAGUGGACAUUGGUUCUUGGGGCUCUUUUUUUCAUCCUCUUCCCUCCUUUCUUCUUCAUCCCUGCUUUUUCCUUUCAAGCAGGUGAUUUUUCUUUCUCUUUUUCUCCCCCCUUCUCCUAAAUUUUUCAUUCGCCCCUCCCCCUCUCUGGUUUUUUCCGGUAGUAGUGCUGUCAUCUAUGGCUUUGCUUUCGGCUUUGCUGGGAAUUUUGGCGAAAUCCUCAGUGGUCGAUAUAUUGGGCGACCUCUUUAUUUUUAUUGCUUCACUCUGGAUUGCGGUUAUUGUUGGUGUUCUGGUUGGUUGGGCAUGGAAACCCAAAUGGGCUAAUUUUGGCAGGGACAUGUUAGAUAGCUUGGUUCCAAAUGACAAUAAUUCUUCAUCUUCCUCCUUGUCCACGCGUUUCGCCUCAAUUCCCAGCUUAAAUUUGUUCAAGACUAAGUUGCCUGGUUUCAUUGCCUGGCCUUCCAAUGUUGGGUAUCAGGAGGAGUCUUCUUCCCCUGAGUGCAGUUCGUCGCAGGUUGAAAAAGAUAAAUCUCUCUUGACAGAACAAGAUUUGGAGCAUUUAUGCAAGCUGGUUGAGGAAAAAGAUGGAGGCCAUGCUUGGAUUCAGAUGAUGGACCGUUCUACCCCACGCAUGAGCUAUCAAGCUUGGAGGAGAGAUCCAGAGAAUGGACCUCCCCAGUAUCGCAGCAGGACUGUGUUUGAAGAUGCAACUCCUGACUUGGUUAGAGAUUUCUUCUGGGAUGAUGAAUUCCGAUCGAAGUGGGAUGACAUGCUUAUACAUGCUACAACAUUAGAAGAAUGCAAAGUUACCGGAACAAUGGUAGUGCACUGGGUGCGCAAGUUUCCCUUUUUUUGUAGUGAUAGAGAAUAUGUGAUAGGUCGUCGAAUUUGGGAAUCAGGACAAUCUUACUACUGUGUAACAAAGGGAGUACCAUACCCCUCUGUGCCUAGACGUAACAAACCUAAACGAGUUGAUCUAUACUAUUCUAGCUGGUGUAUUCGUGCAGUUGAAUCAAAGAAAACUGGUGAGAUGACUGCAUGUGAAGUGUUAUUGUUUCACCAUGAAGAUAUGGGUAUACCCUGGGAAAUAGCUAAGCUUGGAGUUCGUCAGGGAAUGUGGGGAGCUGUGAAGAAGAUUGACCCUGGACUACGAACGUAUCAGAAAGAGAGGGCUUCAGGUGCUCCAUUAUCUCCUUCUGCCUGCAUGGCUAAUAUCAACACAAAAGUAAGUGCAGACUAUCUGAGAUAUCUGGAAAGCACAAGCAGUAGUAACAACAAUAUGCUGGAGAUUGAGAAUCAAGACUCUUCUAGCAAACCAGUUGGGAAGACCAUACCGAAGCUUCUAGUUGUUGGGGGAGCUAUUGCUCUUGCGUGCACCCUUGAUCGAGGUCUCUUGACUAAGGCAGUCAUAUUUGGAGUUGCCAGGAGGUUUGCCAAAAUUGGAAGAGGCUUGUGAAGUUGCAAUGCAGAAUGCAUUCUGCAUCACUGGAAAGGAGCGUUCAAGUCAUAUUGCCGAAGGAAAAGGGAAACACACCUAAUUUAUUGCCUUCAGGAAACUGCUCGUUGGCAUUGUUUUUUCUACAUUAGUUUUAUUUCAUAUGGGCAGGCAGCUUUUAAGUGCAGGAAGGGAGCUUGUAUAUUGUUUUUGUAAUUGAAGGUAUCUCACACUUCAGGAAUAACAUCAAUAUUUGUUUUACUCCAGACACUUUCUUUUCUGUAUAUUGUUAUUUUGGCGUUGGAUUAUCAAAGAGCAGUUCAGAGUAUUUAAA